GAACUUUGUGAGCUGAUAAACGCUGUGGAGUCUCACAAGUGUUCUGCACAGACAGUAGUGGAGAACAUUGAGAGGAUCUGUACUGAACUAAUCAACUCAAUUAACAGAAGAUGCUCUGAGCUAAAAGAUCUGAUCAGAGAUCGAGAGACAGCAGAAGUAAGUCGAGCUGAAAAAGUCCUGAAGCAGUUGGAGCAGCAGAUUGUAGAGCUGAAGAGGAAAGAUGCUGAACUGGAACAGCUUUCACACAGAGGAUCCCGUCCAUUUCCUCAAGAAUUUUCGGCUGCUGGAUCCUGCUGGAUCUGCAGAAUCAGCCGCCAUCACAAUCAGUCCUUUCCUCUCAUUUGAUGAUGUUACAAAGUCUGUAUCUCAGCUGAGAGAGAAAGUAGAAGAAUUCUGGAAAGAUCAGUGUGAGAAGAUACCAGAUGAAGUGAAGAAAGUCUGGAUUACUUCACCUCCUGAACCUGAAAUCAGAGAAGAUUUUCUACAAUAUGUUUGUCGGUUCACACUGGAUCCAAACACAGUAAAUAAAAACCUCCGUCUGUCUGAGGAGAACAAAGUGGUGACCUGCAGUGAAACAUUACAGUCGUAUCCUGAUCAUCCAGAUAGAUUUGAUAUUUACUGGUUACAGGUUCUGUGUAGAGAGAGUGUGAGUGGACGCUGUUACUGGGAGGUUGAGUGGAGUGGGGAUGAUGGGGUUUAUAUAGCAGUGUCAUAUAAAAGCAUCAGCAGGAAGGGACGUGGUGUUGAGUGUUUGUUUGGAGGUAAUGAUCAGUCCUGGAGUUUGUUCUGUUCUCCAUCCAGAUUUUUAUUCUGGCACAAUAAGAAAAAUACUGAAAUUAUCAUAAUGCCGAGUUCCUCUAGAAUAGGAGUGUAUGUGGAUUAUGAAGCAGGAACUCUGUCCUUCUACAGCGUCUCUGAUACAAUGAAGCUCCUCCACAGAGUUCAGACCACGUUCACUCAGCUCCUCUACCAGGGGUUUUAUCUUUAUUCAGGAUCAAAAGUGAAACUGUCAGAUUUAACAAAUUAAAUGUAAAAUUAACAUGAAAGUGUAACAUUAAACUGUUUAAAACAUUAAACAUUAAAAGAUUUUCUUUUUAAUAAGGAAACAUUUAAACAUUUAAAAAUAUAUAAAACACAAUAAAUACAGUGCUGUGAAAAAGCAUUUACCCCCUAAUCUAAAUGGAUUCAGAUAUUAAAACUAAAUUAAAUAAAAGACAAACUGAAUAUUUAAAAACAUAAAAUAAAUUUGUGUACAUUACAAAAUGGUAAAUGUGAUCAUUUUCACAUUAAACUUCUUUCUUCUCAAGUCUAUUAUAAGCAAAAUCUUAUUAUAAAAAUGAUCAUUUUCCUUUUGAACCACAGGUUGGUCAUUUCAGCAGUAGCGAGCGCUUAUGAGCAGUAAUAACUGAGACGUUUGGUGUUUCUAGGCUGUUUAGUACAUUAAGUCACAUGAGGUGUUUUAGACUUUCCUGGAGAAGCUGAUUCUCACCUGGUUUCUCCUGAGCUGUAAAACACAAGUUUAAAAGUGAAACCAGCACAUGAUGAGGAAUAAUACAGCAGAACUUAGAUAUGUGUGGAUGGUUUCAGAGGGGAUUUGAUUCUUUCACAGAAAUAGUUAUUUGUAUUGUGGUACGUUCGUUCAGGCUUCAUCAGUUUAUCUCUGCUCAUUCAGCCUACAGCAGUUUAGAUCCGCCCACUUAACCAACAAUUUGCCUCCAUGAUGAGCAGUACAGUAAACAAAUAUAACAGUAAAAUUAAAAACUAAAGUGCAAUUCAUUCUCGAUUAAAGUGCAUAAUGUUUUUCUACAACACCAUGUUUUUACAUUAUUUAAUGUCAUGCAUCAUUUUAUAAAAACUUUUUUUUUCAACUUGGUCACAAGAUCUCUACCAUAUUAUAUUACUUUUUUUAGUAAAGUGCCACAAGAUGGCGACAAAACAUGUGUAUCUAUUCUAUUAAUAUUCAUAAGCACGCACACUCACUCACAUACACAACACACACAUAAGCUUAUACAUUCACAUGUUUUUUGCUUUAUGCAUUAUGUUGAUAUUAUUUUGGUGAUUUGUUGUCUUUCUAUAUCAUUAAAAAAUUUUGUAUGUUAUGUUCUGAUUUCUAUAUUAUAAAAUUGAUUCAUUAUUUUGCUGAAGGUUUUAUACUGUAUGUCUGUUAGUAUUUUUGCCUCUUGAUGCACU